AAUACUGUAUGUGCAGGCGCGCCGCGGACAGCCCGAUUGUGAGUCCCUCCCUGUGAGGCCCCGGUGUCCCAGGCACUUCCGCAUUGGCAGGAGGAGGAGGAGGAGGAGCGGCCGGGGGGGCAGAUGAGAGAGCGGCGGCCCCCAUGUCCCUCCCCCCCGGGCCCCCGGACGAGCAGUACGAUUUCCUGUUCAAACUGAUCCUUAUCGGGGAUGCCGGGGUGGGGAAGACGUGCGUGGUGCAGCGGUUCCGCAGCGGGGUGUUCGCCGAGCGCCAGGGCAGCACCAUCGGGGUGGAUUUCACUAUGAAAACCCUGGAGAUACAGGGCAAGCGGGUCAAGUUGCAGAUCUGGGACACGGCGGGGCAGGAGCGGUUCCGCACCAUCACACAGAGUUACUAUCGCAGCGCUAACGGCGCCAUUAUCGCCUAUGACAUCACCAAGAGGAAGUCGUUUGCGUCGGUUCCGCGCUGGAUCGAGGAUGUGAAAAAAUACGCCGGCUCCAACAUUGUGCAACUUCUGAUUGGAAACAAGUCCGACCUCCGUGAGUUCCGCGAGGUUGCGCUGCAGGAGGCGGAGACUUUGGCGCGACAUUGUGACAUCACGUGCGCCAUCGAGACCUCGGCCAAGGACUCCAGCAACGUGGAGGAGGCGUUUGUGCAAAUGGCCACGGAGCUGAUGAUGCGCCACGGGGGCCCCGUCUUCUCGGAGAAAGCGCCCGAUGGCAUCAAGCUGCACAGUAAGGAUGUGGCCGAGGCCUGGGGGUGCGGCUGCUGAUGUUUGUUGCCCCCCCCCGGGCAGAUCCCAGGGGCCCCUAAUGUGACUCCCCCUGGGCAGUAGCAGAACUAACACACUAUGCCUUACGCUGAUUGGUGGCUCUGUGUGACAUUACCCACAAGGCAGUUCUACAUUUCAGCGCCAGAUCAUUCCCAGAUGCAGCGCAUCAUGUGACCCCUCCCAGGACCAAACCACCCAGAAAGUGCAAUGUCUCCAUGACGACCGGAAUAUGCAGUUUUUUUUUUUUUAAUAUUUGCUUUUUUGCUUCAUUGAUUUUUAUUGAAGAAACUGCGCCGUGUUGUUACAGCAGGAAAUAAAUAUCACCAGCGAU